AUGUAUUGCAUUAUUAGUGAUAUUAUUGGAGAAUUUAACAUCACAACACGUCAGCUGUUAUCCAGUCAGCCCGAAGGCAUUAACUUUGAGGUACGUUUUUUUCUUUGAAAUCCUCAUCUCUGAUGUAUCGCUCCGUUGAUCUUUAUGCUAUUUAAUAUUAUUGAGAACAUUUCGUGCCAUGUCAGUUUCUCAAAAACCGACCGUUUACUAGAUUACGUUUAUCAUGUGCUUCUGUCGUUUACUCCAAAUAUACUGACUGAUGUACCAGAUAUUUAUCAGAAAUGACAUUUGGUGUCCUCUCUCAGAAUAACUUUAAGCAAGAUUUGUAUGCUUGAAAUAUUUUGUUGAGAGUUUACUGCAUGUUCUCGACUAUCUUAUAAUACAACGAGCAGUUAGACCGCUUUGUAACCACUGUUUUGAUUUUUUUAAAAAGCUUAUAAAUCGAGCCAAGUGCAAACGAAAAAAGUUCUACAAUAACUCCGGAAUAGUAAGUUUUACCACAGAAAAUUUGCGCAUUUUUGCAAACAUUUUUAUCUUUCGAUUUAUGCCAAAAUUGUCGCAAAUAGGUUUGACACAUCACAUCCUAAUAGGAGGUUACCAAGUAGCAACCGUCUGUUAAUUCACUUUAACCUUUUAAAUCACCGUAUUUAUGGAGUCAAUCAUACUUAAGUACAUUUCUACGCAAGUGUCGCUUGGUGGUGGUAAUAAAGAUAAUCCCUUUUAAAAUGUUCUUUUAUUUGAACCGGCAUGUUUAUUGUAUUGCUCAGAAAAAUUUAAAUCUAGGAACUUAGACCAAACGUAAUAACAUGCGAAGUGUUUUAUGCACUCAUAUUCUAAAAACAUUUUUUUUCUGAAUGCCUUUUGAAAAAUAAUUUCGCGCAUCCGCAAGCUGAUGUGAUCAAAAGCAUCCGUUGACCACUGCCACAAUGCUUUAAAGCUCGAGAAGGAGAUAUAUUUUAAAACCUACUGUAUAAUAAUUCUAAAAAGCUAUUUACCUGUUGUAGACAGAGUGAACGGCAUAAAAAUGCAUACGUUAAUGCCGGUGUUGAUGACAUCAAAAACAUUUUAUAAACUAAGUGCAAAAAGUUAUGGCAUUAUCAAAUAUUUGCACAAUUAACUUAAAAAUUUUCACGAAUUUUCAUUUCCUAACAAUUUAACACAUUCUUCACUUUACCAAAUUAGCAUUAACUAAAUCCAAAUUUCCAUGUGAUAUUUUGGCUGAAAGCAAAUUGGUCAAUGCGUUGGUGUAACAGUAUGUGUAAAUGCGCUCCAAUUUUUGUUUUAGGUAAACGUUCGGCUCAACAUUUCAACCAGCACAUGUUCAUUUUUAGAUUAUAUUCUAAGUGGGUAAGGCUGUGAUGAACAUUUGAACAUCCAAUUCAUAAAACUUUCUGGUCUUCAUUUAAACACAAUGCUUCACUUCUAAUUGAGAUUUAGCUAGCUUUUUGACAAAAAUUUAUCGUCAUUAUCGCAUUUUACUCUUUUUAUUACGCAACAGUUUUUGUUUUGACGGUUUUAUGGUCUAUAAGUUUGUUAUUUUAUAUGAUAAUAUUAUGCGGUAUUUUGUCAUUAAUCCUAUUUUCUAUAAUAAUUAACUCUAGAAGCGCUCAAAACAUUCAAAUAAGCAUCUAAAUUUUGCAAGGCCUUUAAAGUACAUUUACUAUACUGAAUAAAACAUUUACCAAAUAGAGACUUAGGCCGAGCCAAAACAUGUAUUUUUACACGGACUAAAACAGUAACAAAGUAAAAUAACUUAUUCAGUAUUAUGAACGGUGGAGUAUUUGUAAAACAUUAUGUCUGUUUAGCACUAGCAUCAACGUUGUCGUUGGAGUGGACCUUUCCUCCCACGUGCCUCCCACAGGCCACAAUGCACAUUUGUUUUCAGACGCAUUGGCGGCGGCUAAGUCCGCUGUUACGUGCAGCGAGUACGCCAUCGCAAUUCAAGCCGUGAUUGAAAUUCUUCAAGAAUAUGACAGGUGCAGUUUUCGAUAUUCUCAAAAAGGACCUAUUAUGUUAAUUACCUCAUAGGCGGUUAUAAUGAAAAUAUCUAUCCUACUUUUGAAAAAGCGGUCUUUUUUAUUUACCGACUGGUCUAUAUGUCCUCAGUAAUCAUUCAGUUAAAAUUGAAAUACGACUCAAAAACAGCACAAGUGGAAGCUGUUUUUGUGCCGCUGGCAAUUAAUUCAAAUUAUCCUGCUAAAAAGAGGUAGCUUUAGAGUCAUGCCUACUUUACCAUUCAUAUCCGUUAGAGGCGGGUUUGUAAAUUUUGUUCGUUGAAGUCGGUGACGAAGCUGAUUGUUCACCCCAAAUAGGUCUACAUAGAGAGGGUAACAAUGCCAACAUAGCACCCCCUACAGAGUUCUUCUGAGUUCUACAGAGUUGCUAUCUAACAACUGCACACUAUGUGUUAUUAUUUAGGACGCAUGUUCACCUGUAAAGUAAUGCGACCCGCAUAUUUUCAUAGGUUUAGAAACCGAGUGCUUGAACUUUUCGCAUUUCGUUUUAAUUGUGAUUUUUUAUUUUUCGCUUACAAAAAAUACUCUUUAAGCACACUGGAGCGUUUGCUUGGUAGGAAUCAAGAUUUUCCCUAUUUCCUGCUUCGUAAAUGCUGCAUAAGUGCUGGUUACUUGCAGUUGACUAAACACAUGCAAAACCAUUCAAGACAAGUACUCUGUCCGAAUGCAUUAUGAGUACACGCUAUUUUGUGAUUCCUAAUCACCUAUUUCAUCUCUCUACUACAUCCUCUUCAGUGAUGAAUUAUUUCCCGCCUAUGGAUUUGGAAUCCGUGCGGCUCCUGAGGGGAAAAUCACGCACACAUUCCCAUUAGUAAGUCCAACAGAGCACUGCAAUUUAUGUCCUUGGCAUAAUAUUAAUGUGUUUUGCACUCCCUGAAUAUCAAGUAAACAAAAUAUUGAAAAAAUGUGAAUAAUGUUUUGCCAUGAAUCAUGGAAGUGGCUCUAAACAAACGCGCCCUUGCGUAACCGAGAAAGCAUAGACGCAUUACUGUGAGUGAGACAAAUUUUUUGGACAAAGCACGAUUUUUUGAUAUUUCGCUUGCCAAGAUGAACUUUCGCGUAUUUACCACACAUGCAAGAUGUGUUAAAUCUGUCAUGCAUUCGGGUUUUAUCACUAUUUAUAUUUGGUAGUGGAAAGAAACAUGCUGCAGUUACUUAGCAGGAGUCAAACGAAAUGUCCCCUACAUGUUUGAAGCCCACCCUAGGAGCCAUGUCUCAGGGAUCUUCAAUUAUUUCGAUUAAUGGGUUCUAAAAUCACUACUUUGGCAGACAUAAUUCGUCACUUCCGCACUUCGGAUCGAUUAACUUCCAUGUCGCUUGCGACAUUUAGAUGCUAACUGAUUUUGUAUUCAGGGUGCGUUUUUAUCCAACUUCUUUCAUCAGAAUAUAAAUAUACCGUGCUUCUGUUAUUAAGUAUGAAAUUGACUGGAGGCACUGAGUUUCGUCCAUACUGCUGUUGCUCUCUCCAGCAAAACCAAAAUAACGCUUAUUUAAAUGUCAUUAUCAGCCGUGGAUACCACUCUCACUGUACAGUUAGUGGCCUAACUCAUUAAAUGUGUCGAAAUUUACGAAUGAAUAACAAUCACUCGCAAACCGACACCAUUUCAUGAGUCCGACUUCUAUGUUAAUUCACUACAAGUUUAAAAGAAUUAAAAACAUAAAAGAAUUGUUAAAGGCACUGUUGCGUUAUUUAAAUAAACCGAUUUAUUUUAAAAAGCGCAAUAUUCCGAAAACGUCAGUUAAGUAAAGUUCCUUUUUAGAUGUAUAGAAUGUAGUCUCAUAGCAAACGUAGUAAAUAUGAAAUCAGACAUAAAAUAACGUCUAAUAACAGUGGUAUAAUAAAGUUUAUAUCUAAAUCUCGUCUAAUAAGUAGUGAGAUUUCAUAUAUGAUAGUAUGUCAGCUGUCUACAUUGUGAGAAUAGAUUCCAAACCAGUUUUCCAGUGAGUCCUCUUGUUUUUAUUUCUUGGAAGUAAAUUAGAUGGAGUUCAACAAGAGAAGCUGGAUUUUGCUUGAGUUUACGAUGGGAACGUCGUAGGAUCAAAAGUUUUCAUAAGGUUACAUGCCAUGAGGCCGGUUAGUGCCUACUUAAUUUAAAUAGAACUAACAAGCGUGGUCGUAAGCAUACCAUUUUGUUUAAAAGAAGACGGAGGUACGAUCACUGGGACGGUAGAUUUAUUUGCCUGAGCUUUCGAACUCGAACAGUUCGAGUUCGAAAGCUCAGGCAAAUAAAUCUACCGUCUCAGCGAUCGUACCUCCGUCUUCAUUUAAACAAGAACCUGGGAUGCGCAUAUUCUCUUCCAUACCAUUUUGUGUUUAUAGAAAGAACUGUUCUUCCGAGAAACUUCUCGUUUGUUUUGGAUUAUGUUAAGUUUCAUGCCGGCCUUGAAAUGUUGCUGAAUACUUCAUGAUUUUCAGUGUUUUCGCCCGAUCGUCCGUAAAGAGAGAUUCUGAAUUAUCUGUCUGUUGAGAACUAUAAAAUAAAAUUACUCUUGAAGACAUUUACCAAAUUAGUGAGUGUUCGGGCUCUCCUUUUCACAAAGACGGUCGUACUGGCCACAUGUGAAGACUCGUUCAAACAUCAAACUGCCCUUUCGAGAAAGAUGUCUGUCGACAACGAAAGUCAGCAAAGAAUGUGCCUUUUAUCAAUAAAAAAAAUUUCCAUCAUAAUUUACCUGCUAUGACCCGGAAGGAAGGUAGUACAGGAAGAGAGCCGGUUCGGAGGACAAGCACUUUAUUGGAACUUGUGGACAGGAGGGGGUUACAACUCGUCAGAAAGGUGUGCUGUUUAUAUUGGUCCCCGUGCGUUCUGGAACAUUCCGUCCAAUGACGUGCCAGCCGUUGAGGGCGCUCUAGAAUGUUCCUGCCCCGGGCGUGCUGGUCGCUGAUUGGCCACUGCGUGCGCGAUAGCCCCCCGCGGAAAUGCCUGGAUUGUUCGACCAGCCAUUGAGCCGCACACGUGAGCAAAGCCACCACGCUCGCUCGGCGCUGCAGUGCGCGCCGGUCGGUCGUCUAACUUCACGCGUGACUCACGUCGCCGGCUUGGUCCCCUGUUUAGCGCCUUAGGCCGUUGCUCUACGCCGUUUUCACUCUCCAUAGCAUUACCUCCUCAAGAAGUGCUUGAUUACUGCACUCCGUUGACGGAUCUCUGUGUACUUUGCAUUUUUGCACGGCGAGGCCAAGUAUAAAUUUGACACUUUUGACGGUUCCUUUCGCGUCCCUAAGCAAUACUUAUAUUUUUCUACCGUAAACUUAAGAGCGUCCAUUUCUCUAUGCAUUGAGGCCAUUCCCACUGUUUUUGCUCGCUUUUAGGCUCAGUUCUUCGAUUAUAUAUGCACGGCAGGGCGGCCAUAUAAAUACCCAUAUUUUGCUGAGGCUAUAAAUGUUUUGCUCGUUCUAUUUCUGAAUGAGAUAUGCACAGAAGCUAAACUACACGACAAGUAGUGUUUCAUAUGUUCAGACCUGGAAAUGACUAUUCGGCGGUGGUCAUCUAUGUAACAUCAGGUAGAAUUUUUCAAACGACAAAAAAAUUCCAUCCCACUUAAACGAACGAAUCCCUAUCUGCGCUAUUACUGCACUUUAGGGCACCAAAUCGCACAGAUCUGUUGAUUUGACAUUUAGAAAUUGACAAAACCUCUGGUUUUCUUAAAACAACCUUUGUGUUAUCAGGUUGAUCAACAUGGUUAGCAUCGGACUUAAAACUAAAUUUCAAGAUCGGCUAAAUCUAUUUAUGAAAACUCUCGCGGGUAAAUUACUAUCCUAUCAAUGAAAAAGUCGCUGCGAUGCGUAACCGGGGUCUAAGACCUGUAUUAGCAUAGGAAAUGGUACGAAUAUAUUUCAACCUCUAUUGUCGCUCAAAUUUGCUGAUACUUUACUUAAUAUAAUUACUUAAACACAAUUUCUGCACAAGAAAAGGGGAUUUUAUUGAAGGAAGUGGAUGAGCGAACAAAAUGCUCAACGUUAAAGUCGUCCAGAAAUCCUUUCCUCAGUUUCCGUUUUCAGAUUUCAUGAGAUAGGUCACGUACUGUACUUAACAUCGAAUAAUGAUGCUAAUUACUUAUGAGCAUGCUAAAUACUUAAGUGAUUGGUUUGAACAUUCAUUUUAACAGUAGCGAAUGGACUCAUUAAGACCCAUCACGAAGGCGGUCAGAUUUUAGCGUCUAUGUUUGGCAGCUCCAUAUAUUUCAGCAUCUUUCGGAAGGCGCUUCCAAAAACCAGCACCACCGCGAACUUUCUAAUUUAAAAAAUGGUCAUAAACACAAGCGACUCCUAAGUAAACUUACUUCUGACGUUAAUAUACGCUAGUUAUUAUAAUUAAACAAAAAUUGGUCACAGCUGAACUAACUGAAAUACUCAGUUGGACAAUUUUAUUUUCUUUUAAAACGCCAUUAGCAUAGAGUAAUGUUUAAAAUGUUAUAUCGCUUACCGACCUCUACUGGCAAUUAGGUCUUGAUUUGUCGGCGUAUUUUAUGUAAAUUUCGUCUUUUUCAAUUAAAGGCUGAGAUAAAAACCAGGGUGUUUUCCUCUGUCGAUGGGUAUACAUUUUCAUAUCUCAGCAGUUACGACCAUCAUUAUCAUAUAUGCAACUCAUCUUUAGAGUUCACGACCUACCUUAUGAUAUGCAAUUAACUCUUUUGAUAAAGUCCUUGUGGCGAUGAGCCGCUCUCAAAAUCUGGACUGUUUUAUGACUUUAACAUAAUAGCAUCGCCCAAAAGGGAGACAUAUCCAGAUUUGUUAACUAUUUAUCAGUUAGGGAUUAAUUUUCUAACGAAAAAUAAAAGCAGUGAUGCGUUGUGGAUGGGGUUAUUGAACCGAAUAAUAGGAAAACAUAAGGCAAGCAGGUAUAUAAGUCGAAUUAGUUAAGGAAAACACAAACAGUUUCAACAUUCCUGAACUCUACUGAAUGUAACUGCGCAUGUGGUAUACCGAGAUGUCUGAGGCAAACACGGCUAGACCGCUCAUUACGGAACACAAAACCAAGUGUAUUUUCAAAGUUAUCGAUUCUUUUUUACCUUUCACUUAUUCAUUCUGAUACCUGGAAUGUUGGUCAAAAGAAAAGAAGCUGAGGCCAUUAAUUGGAAAUACAAUUUUUUAGAGACCUCAAGCGAAUAGGACGGGUAUAGUUAAAAUUUCGAUUUCCUCCCUAUGGGUGCUUAAGCCUAUGCGCUAUUUUGGGCGUUAUAAAAGGGCGUUAUCUCCUAAAUUUGUGACGUUUGUCCGGGUUUAGUAGAUGUUUUCUGCAGAAUAUGUUUUAUACACCAAAGAUGGAAAUUUUACUGUUGAUAAGGUAUGAAAUUACUCACUGCACAGGCCGCUAUUUGCGUUUGAUAUCCAUUCGAGCCUUCAGUAGUCGACGUUCUUUUAAGUUUCUUAUUGGUUCCUUGAAGUCAGGUUAUCGUUACUAUUUCACAUGACUGGUCCAACCGCCUCUGAAGACUAAGUAAAUAAUAAGACAUUAUCGCAUAGGUGAGAUUUUGUCGGACAGCCUAAUUUUUGACAAAUGUAAAAUGAUCAUUAAACGUAAAACUGCAUGUAUAGUUCUACUAAUCAGACGGAUUUUGGUCAAACUAACUUUUGUGAUACGUCACAUGCUUUGUGUAGAGUACUCUUUAGGGUAGACACUGGUUUUUAGUAAAAUUUAAAGGAAAAUUAUACCCUGAACAAACUGUAGUUGUUAAGGCAUAAUUUAUGUUUAUCCUUCACACAGCGGUUAAAAAUUAUAUGUGACUAAAGAAUUGUAUUUUAGACAGGUGACCCAAACAAUCCAAGUUGCAAAGGCGUCGCAGGUGUUUUGGCCGCAUAUAACCGCGUCGCUUCUGAUGUUCGAGGAACGGCUCCACCAAACUUUUCACCUCUGAUUAAACUAGUAAACGAGUAAGUAACCAUAUGUGCGCUUUUUCUCCGUCCUAGGUUCCUCUUAAUGCUUCAAUGAUUAGUCUGUAUUCUAAAAUAAUUUCAGUAAUGUUUAUCCUAUCUUUUGAUAGCUCUUUCGGGACGACUUUCUGUUUUCGUCCUACUUGUAGUAAAUUUUUUCGCAAAAUGAAAAAACGUCCGUUUUAUUUAAAAAUUUAUAAAACAUCGUGUUUCUAUUGUUGGUAACAAUUUACAUCUACGAGGGUUUCUCUGAAAAUGCGAUUUUUUUGCAUGCAAGCCUAGGAGGUUUAAACGACGUACAUAAAAUAACCCUAAUUUUGCGUUUGUUGGAGUAUCUAACCGUGGUGUCUAGGGAAUGCGGCAGCUCAUCUCUACUCUGGAGCUCAAAACAAAUAUUGUUUGCACAAAAAUACUAUGCUGAUGUUUGCUAAAGGAUAUCAAAUUGGUCGUUUUCACUGCGUCUGAGUUUAGUAGGUAAUUGAAAAGGUAUUGGCUGUCAGUUUAUCUAAGAUAUACUGUUGUUUUAAAAAACUAUUUUUAAACUAAAGUCAACAUUGUGUCUAACGUAGGUAUAUUUGGUAAUAUUCGAUGCUUCCCUUUUACGCAGUCCACUUUUCUGUAAGCUUUAUGCGAGGUGUAAAAAAUGAAAUUCAAACUGUAGAGGAGUUUGCUUUUGUAUUCCAUGUACAUCCAUAGUUUUGAACUCUGUAUAAGUCUGCCUACACACAGAGAAUCAUGAAGUACAGCGAGGGGCACCUGUCUUGUGGCUUAUGUGUUAACCUGUCUAAAUCCAUGUAUAUUGUCACUGAUAGUACUCAGAUUUCUAAAACUUAAGAAAGUUUGAGUGAAGGCUAUUAAAUUAAUCUACGGUUUUCUAGUAUAUUAGGCAUUUUCGACAUACAUCUGCACCAAUAUCUUUGGCGUUUCUAAAUUUGACAAAAAAGGUCUAGCAGUCAUGGAGAACAGGAACUGGUUCGAAGAACGUAUGCGGCGAAGAAACCAUUUACGAUCUUCUUAAAUGAAACGUAACCUAACACCUUAUGCAAAAUUGUAUGCUCAAAUAUCAUAAAUUACGAAAAUUCAGGCUCGAGCACAUUUGCUCUAGUUUGAUUUCCAAGGCAUUCUCAGCUUUCCAGUUGGCAACAAAAAAAACGUCAUAUUUUCACUUAAAAGUUCAGAUGUAAACAUAUUCCUGGCUGGAAAAUUGUUGUUUCAUACAGCGAAUAAAAAUGUGUCAACAAAUUUUAAGAUUAGCUAGUAUAACCCGAAACAGUGCUUUUAAAUAAUUAAUAGGAAGAUACAAGUAUACUGCUACUAAUGAGCAAUAGCAUAAAGUUAGGAUAGCGAGGACUAAUUGAGCGCCGAAGGUAUUUGCCUAUUUUGCAGAACCUUUAAACCCGUAAGAGUCCGUUGUCAGAGAUGUCAGCAGCACCAGAACAAAUGGUAAUAAAAGGUGGUAAAAGUUUAUCAACGAUGUCUGUCGCAGAUAUAGUGAAGAUUACGAAGAGCUUUGAAUAUAAGUGCUAAAUCGAUGCUUCGAUUGGUUGUGCUCUCAUGCGGGGCCACCCUUUAAUAAAUUUUCGGCUCGUCUUUCUCCCGGUGUAAGCAGUUAUUUUUGUAUCUGCAAAACUGAACUUGUGACUUAGCCACAUUAAACAGCCGUUUAUAAUCACUUGCCCCUCCCCCUCAAGAGUAUAGACAACUUUUGUCCGUUCAUGUGUGAUCCGAGCAUGUACAUAGUUCAAAUUACGUAAUUACAAGGUCUUUUUAGAUACGGGAUACGAUACACUAGCCUAAGCUUCCUUCUGGUAUUCAAUCGGUGCUUGAUUUCCGUGCGCCUGCUCGGCAUGUUAGCUUAAAGCCAUUGUAAAAUUCCAACACUUAGUCCAACAGCAAUGCGCUGGGCCGCCUCCGAAUUGCCUUUAAUGUAACACAGAGCAUACUGCAUCCUUCUUGGUGUAUGUCUUAUAAUUCUUCGGGCCAAGCAUGUACGUAUCGGAUUAUAAACGCCUUCGAAUGUCCAUGUUAAAAAAAUUGGUUGCAGACUUUUCGGGUCUCUUGCGUUUUUCUUUCAAAUACCUGCAGUGAGUUCGUGCAGGUUUGGAGAGUGUCCUCACACAGACUAGCUUGUGAGCCACCGAAUGGCUGUUUUUAAAAAGAUACAUUUUGAUGUUCUCUGACCGGAUGUAAACUGCUGUUUAAUUUUACCGCUAAGUCUUCGUCCCACGGGCAUGUCAUCGAUAUUUGAUGUUUCUUUUCUUAUUUUCCCAUUUAUCGUAUAUCGGUGAGGAUUAGACUAAGAAGGUUAUGGAAACGUGUCGUCGACGUACAGGGACGAAAGUCCGAUCCAUGCUGUACAAGGUCGGUCGUUUUUAACUCUGAUGUGACCAGUUUAAUAAAUAGAUCAGAGUCCAGGAAGGUCAUUUGAAUUCACUUAAUCUGCGUGUGGGUUUCGCAAGCACACUUAAAGUAAUAUUUUUGGAAAAUUUAAGCAGCUUCGUUAGACGCUUAAUUUCUAGUGUUCUCUGAUUUUCCUCCUAUGCCGCUCCAAACUCUAUGCGCAAGGCCUUGUGCAUCAAAGAGAUAGGCGUGAAUAAUAAUAUCGCACCAAAACAAUACCUGGUAUCGUCCGACUAGGACCUCUAACCCUCGAGGUCUAAAAGGAAUCGCGAAACUAAUAUGAAUAACGUAGUUAAAUUGCACAAGAACGGAUUCAGUUUUGGAUACACACCAUAUUUUGAGGAGGACCGCCUCUCAUAACAACAGCUACUCGCCGUAGAAUGUUUGAUUUGUUAAUCCUAAGCUGAUACUAGAAUCGAGUCCGUUUAUACUCUUUCAAAAUCCAAUAUUUAUAACCCGAACUUAAGACUGAGUCUCCCGAUAUUAAUGAGGGGUGGUGCGUUUAUAGCCACCCAAUGCAACUUUAAAUAUAUAGCCGCUGCUAUUAUCAUUUUGCACUAUUUUAAAUCUACCAAAUGAUUGAAAAAAUGCUUUUACACCAGACAAAACGUAUCAGCUGUACCUUUGCAUAUUAAAUUGAACUUUAUAUUUUCCAAUCGAAGUUAGACAAAGACAUAUUUAUCGCUACAACGAACGUUUUUACCCGCCGAGUAUCGUGGGUUUAGAUUUGGUUUUUUAAGCUUUUGCUUACAAUUUAUCCCCUCUGCAAAAUUUUAGCAUGGCUCGAGGCUCCCAUGGCAGCUCUAAAUACUUUGUCCUCCUUAUCCUUACGACCGGACUUGUUGAUGAUUGGGUGGAAACAAGAAGGGCAGUAAUAGAGGUAUCUACCGCCAGUUUUAUGACCUGA